CAACUCAGAAUGGAGCUGUUCACUCUGUUCCUGGUAUUCUUGGUAUCUGGCAUCCUGUGUCUGUACACAUGGAAACAAAUGUACAAGAAAAGCAACUUACCUCCCGGACCUACUCCGCUGCCUUUUUUUGGGAAUCUUCUUCAACUUAAAGCAGGUUAUCUGAUGGACUCCUUCAAGGAGAUCAAGGAGAAGUAUGGGGACGUGUUUACUGUGUAUCUUGGUCCACGGAGGGUGGUUGUUCUGUGUGGAUACAAUGCAGUAAAAGAAGCCCUAGUGGAUCAAAGUGAUGUGUUUGGAAUGAGAGGUCUAAUGCCAACUGUAGAAAAAUAUUUCCAAGGUCAUGGAGUAGUAACCAGCAAUGGUGAGUGCUGGAAGCAGCUCCGUCGUUUUUCAGUUCAGACCCUCAGAUUGUUUGGCGUGGGGAAAAGAAGCAUUGAGGAGCGGGUUCAAGAGGAAGCUAGGUGUCUGGUGGAGGCCCUCAAAGGAACCCAUGGUGUGGCCUUCAAUCCCACUAUAUACUUCAGCCAGGUGUCUGCUAAUAUCAUGUGUUCCAUAAUCUUUGGUGACAGAUUCAGUUACGAAGACCCUGAAUUCCAAAGCCUGCUUCACAUUGUGUAUGACAUAUUUGAGUCCAUGUCCUCUUUCUGGGGUCAGCUUUAUGAUAUAUAUUAUGUCAUGAUGAAAUAUGUGCCAGGACCCCAUCACAAGACAGUCAAAUGUAUUCUGCAAAUGGAGAAGUUUGUGAGAAGGCGAGCAGAACUCUGCAAAGACACCCUGAACACAAGCAGUCCACGUCAUCUGAUAGACAGUUUCCUUAUCCAGAUGGAAAAGGAAAAGAAUAAUCCAUCCACACAUUUUAACCCGAAGAAUUUCUAUGCAACUGUCAUAUCUUUGUUUGUUGCUGGGACAGAGACAGUGAGCACCACACUGAGACAUGGAUUCCUGCUUCUGCUUAAACACCCUAACAUUACACUUAAGGUACAAGAAGAAAUUGACCAAGUGAUUGGAAGGUUACGAGUCCCCGAACCACAAGACAGGGAAUCUAUGCCUUAUACUGAUGCCGUCAUUCAUGAAAUUCACAGAUACGCUGAUGUGUUGCCCAUGAAUCUGGUACAUGAGACCUCCAGGAGUACUCAGUUGUGUGGAUUUACUAUUCCUAAGGGUACAGAUGUAUUUGUCCCCCUGUCCUUCGUUCUCCAUGAUCCAAAGUACUUUCCUGAUCCAUUUGCUUUUAGGCCGGAGCGGUUCUUAGAUGAAAGCGGCAGUUUUAAAAAGAACGAGGCCUUCCUUAUAUUUUCUGCAGGGAAGCGAAUGUGCUUAGGAGAUGGACUGGCCCGUCAUGAAGUGUUCCUCACUAUCACUACCCUUCUGCAGAACCUUAAUAUUACUUCACCUGUAGACCUCAAAGACUUGGACAUCACUCCAAAGAUGGUUGGGUUUUCCAAUUAUCCACAACCUUUCAAGAUAAGCUUCAUUCCACGUUGAGUCUGAGACAAUAGAGGCAUUUGUGUUAUAAAGAAGUCACUCCUGAAAUACUGAACCAAGAAAAC